AUGAGUGCAACAACGACACAUACAGUGACGAUGAAGGUGCCUACGACGACCAUGACGCUGUUUACGGUGCCGAUCACAAUGCCCAUCCAAAUCGUUGGCGAGAAUGACGAUGUCUAUGCGGACGAUAGCACCGUUUACGCGGUUGAUGACUAUGCUUGCAAUGGCGAGCAAAAUCAGCUGGUUUCCUCAAUCCGUUGGGGUCCGAUGAGACCAUCAUAUUCGCACUUGGCUCUAAACUGCGGCAUGAAACAUUUAUUCCCAAACAACUUAAAGAAUGCAUCGAACCUUAAACUGAAUAUUUGUAUAAAGUUGUAG